GAAUUUAUGACACGUGUUUUUGGAACUGUCAAAUAUAGUUUCAGGGGGCUCACAAGCAUUCUACUGUUUCUCUAUUGAUAAAUUCUGCUUAGGAAUGCUUUGUAUCAAUAUUUAGUUGGUUGUGUGAAUAGUGGUUUGGAUCUAGAAUGCAAGUGUGCUCCUUAAAUCUGAAAAUAUGCUUUAAAGAGAUAAUUUAUCUGUCUUCUAGAGCAUCCAGGUUAGUUUUGGAUAAUUAUGCUUUGAAUACUGACCAGAAUGAGAUAGUUUAUCUGUCUUCUAGUGUGUCCAGUGCACUCUGUUUAUCGGGUUUGAUAAAUAAUUGGUUCCUUCUGCACUACAAUCAGGUCAGUCUACAUUCAAAUUUGAAUAGGGAUUUUCAUAUUUGCAUUUGUUUACUGGAACUGGAGGAUUACUUUGAGGAAGUGAAGAACCGAAAGAACCAACCAUCCAUCUCCAAAACACCGAGCCACCAAUGCGCAAAGAUGAGCAUGAAUGUUAAUCACUAA